AUGAGCUUCCUUUUUGGAAGUAGGAACAACAAGACUUUCAAGCCCAAGAAGAACAUCCCUGAAGGAACACAUCAGUAUGAUCUUAUGAAACAUGCAGCUGUUACUUUAGGAAGUGGAAACUUGAGGCAGGCAGUCCAGUUACCCGAGGGGGAGGAUCUCAAUGAAUGGGUGGCUGUCAAUACUGUGGAUUUUUUCAAUCAAAUCAACAUGCUAUAUGGGACGAUCACAGAGUUUUGUCUAGAGGAAACCUGCCCUGUGAUGUCAGCUGGUCCGAAAUAUGAGUACCACUGGGCGGAUGGACAGACAAUUAAAAAACCCAUCAAAUGCUCAGCUCCAAAAUAUAUCGAUUAUCUCAUGACGUGGGUCCAGGACCAGUUGGAUGAUGAAUCUUUGUUCCCGUCCAAGAUUGGUGUUCCUUUCCCAAAGAAUUUCCUAUCCAUUGCAAAAACGAUCCUGAAGCGCCUUUUCCGAGUCUAUGCCCAUAUUUACCACCAGCAUUUCAAAGAAGUGGUGCAGCUGAGCGAGGAGGCCCAUUUGAACACCAGCUUCAAACAUUUCAUCUUCUUUGUUCAAGAGUUCAACCUCAUUGACCGCAAAGAACUAGCCCCACUGCAAGAAUUGAUUGACAGACUCACAAGCAAAGACCGAUGA